GCCUAAUAUAAGUAAACAUUCAUAAACAAAAUCCAUCAAUGUUUUUUGUCGCUUAGGCCAUUAAAGCUUUGUAUGAAUUGUAAAAAAAAACGUAGAUCACAGUCAGCAAAAUGACCAUGAACCUCUCACAGACAUAAAACAAAAUAAAAUGAUAUGUAUGAGCAUCCUGUUAGGUGGAUCAUAAGCUUCAAAUGAAAAGCUUAAUAAAUACUAGCAUAUGCGUUAAGAACGCAGAUCCAAAACAUAUGUUAAUCGGAUCAUGGUUCAACAUGCGUCCUCUGGGCCAGCAGACCUUUCCUCCUUCAUGUAGGUUUGCCUCCAUGGGGAAGGUGCUGUUCUUGUUUGCAUGUGGCCAGAUGGGGGGGGGGGGGGGGGGGGGGGGCUCCUCUGUGGCCUGCCCACUUUAGUGGAGCUUAAGAAGCAUGGCUCUUCCCAGUGGUCCAGGCGGUUCACUGUUACAUAAUAGACACACACACACACUCAGCGCGCACCUAGAAACACCCUGAGCCCGUUGAGCAGCACAUCCAGCAGACCCUUGGAGAUGCCGUGUGUGAGCACUCAUCUUAGGCAGAUUCUGAAGAUGCCCAGUAGUUACAACGCUGAGGUGGAUCAAAGCCUCAUGGUGGAGCAGAUCCUCUCCGAGUUCCGUCUGAAUAAGGAGGACCUGAAAGAGGUCAUGAAGAGGAUGCAGCUUGAGAUGGACCGAGGACUGCGUCUGGAGACACACAAGGAAGCCAGCGUCAAAAUGCUCCCCACCUACGUCUGCUCUACCCCAGAAGGAUCAGAGGUGGGAGACUUCCUCGCCCUGGACUUGGGGGGCACCAACUUCCGGGUGAUGCUGGUGAAGGUGGGAGAGGACGAGGAGCGGGGCUGGAAGGUGGAGACCAAAAACGAGAUGUAUUCGAUCUCUGAAGACGCGAUGACCGGAACCGCUGAAAUGCUCUUUGACUACAUAGCGGAGUGCAUCUCAGAUUUUCUCGGCAAACACCACAUCAAGCAUAAGAAGCUUCCUCUCGGGUUCACCUUCUCCUUCCCCGUCCGACAUGAAGAUAUUGACAAGGGCAUUCUACUGAACUGGACCAAAGGUUUCAAGGCUUCAGGGGCAGAAGGGAACAAUAUUGUGGGCCUGCUGAGGGAUGCAAUCAAGAGGCGAGGGGACUUUGAGAUGGAUGUGGUUGCCAUGGUGAACGACACAGUGGCCACAAUGAUAUCUUGCUACUACGAAGACCGCAGCUGUGAGGUUGGGAUGAUUGUUGGCACGGGUUGCAACGCCUGUUACAUGGAGGAGAUGCGAACUGUGGAGCUGGUGGAGGGAGAAGAGGGUCGCAUGUGUGUGAACACAGAGUGGGGGGCCUUCGGGGACAACGGGGAGCUGGAAGACUUCAGACUGGAGUACGACCGGGUGGUGGACGAGUUCUCCCUGAACCCCGGACAGCAACUAUAUGAGAAGCUGAUCAGCGGGAAGUACAUGGGAGAGCUGGUCAGGCUGGUUUUGAUCAAGCUCGUCAACCAAGACCUGCUGUUUAACGGCGACGCUUCAGACCUGCUCAAGACACGCGGCGGCUUCGAGACGCGUUAUGUGUCCCAGGUGGAGAGUGACUCUGGAGACAGGAAGCAGAUCUACAACAUCCUGUCCACCUUGGGCUUGCUGCCGUCAGAGCUGGACUGUGACAUUGUGCACCUGGUGUGUGAGAGCGUCUCCACGCGCUCCGCCCACAUGUGCGCCGCCGGUCUCGCCGCGGUGAUCAAUGUCAUGCGCGAGCGCCGCAGCCAGGAGGCCCUCAAGAUCACGGUGGGCGUCGACGGGUCCGUCUACAAACUGCACCCAUGUUUCCAAAACAGGUGCCACGAGGUAGUCCGGGAGCUCACACCGCAUUGUGACAUCACCUUCAUCCAAUCAGAGGAGGGGAGUGGGCGGGGCGCCGCCCUCAUCUCGGCCGUAGCCUGUAAGAUGGCAGCCUGCAUGAUCACACAGUAGGGCUGUCGUCUCGCAGCGCCUCACUAACGGGGAUCUCUGACGGCCUUCAGAGUCCUUUUCCUGAGACAGUAGCCGCGUUUACAUGGCACAUCUGAUCCGCAUAGAUUUCUAUGCGGCAUAGAUCUGUUCCUAAAAUGUGUUCCGAAUGUACUGUAUACAUGGCAGUAACAAAAGUGUCCGUUAUGUCUCUGGCGCACACCUGACACAUCUCUGGACCGGCGGCGACAUAAUGGAUGUCUUAUCCCUAUCGGGGAUUUUAAAUUUGAUUUUAAUGAAAGCACAGCAGGAGAGAGGAAUUUGGAUGCGAGUCCGAAGCCAAAACUGGUGGGAGAGAGUGGUCUUACGGGAAUUUAGUGACCAGGAAUC